AUGUCCAAAAUUCUGGGAAAGUAUCAGCAUGAACGAAGCGAGAAUCUUGACGAGUACUUCAAGACUCUAGAGCUGCCUUACCUGGUCAGGAAGAUGAUCAACAUGUCCAACCCGAAGAUCGAGGUGACCAAAGAGGGGGACAAGUGGAUAGUAACGACUGUGACUAUGAUGCGCACGCAAGUCUGGGAAUUCACGCUUGGAACUGAGUGGGAAGAGGUGAUGCCAUCUGGCGUUAAACUCCAGACAUUGUCGCAUGAGCGGACGGAUGUUGUUGCCAAGAGACACUUUAAAAGGAUUAAGUGA